GGGGGACUUUUCCUUCCACAGCUCGCCAGGUCUUUUCCUGGAGUCCAGAGGCCAAAAUCGCCCAACGGCACCAGCGCCCCAGCUUUCCGGGGCACCCCCACUGCGGACUUGUCUCUGGAGAGAGCUGCCCGAACAGUUGCUAUUGCGCACCGGCUCUUCCGCCUCGGGCCAGCGUGGGAAGUGGGGGGUCGGGCUGGGCUGCUCCGCGGAAGUGCCAGAGACCCUCCUGGGUCACUGCGUCAUCCAAGCAGGUCGGGACUCCUUACUGUGGGAGAAAAGAGAAGUGGUUCGCAAAACCAUUUGAGGCCUGCAUUCGGGGCAUAUGCCUUGCUUGUGUGCGUGUGCAGCACCUUGAUUCAGCAGCUGUCUUUUUGGAAGCGCACCUGGCUUUUGCAUCGAUCCCCGUGGCCAGCUCCCGCCAGGUGUGUAGUCUGCAGGGGUUUGCGCCAGAGGAAGGCGAAUGGCUAUAGCGUGGCGAUGUGGGUAUUGGGCUCUUCUGGGCUCCAAAUCUUGGGCCACUUAAGUCUUGUGCAUUUACAGUGGACGAAUAUGCUUUCAUGCACAUGAGCUGACUCUACAGAAAAGCAAAUUUUGAAAACAGUUGCGUUUCGUGUUGUUGGGGAAAAAGCCACUUGCUGAAAUAAAGGGACCCCCGUGAUCUUUAACUGCAUCUGAGCUUCCUGACUUAGCUAGCUGUUGGGCUACUUGUGCGUCACCUCUGGCUGCCUGCCCCCGUGCCUGAGGUUUAUUCCUGAAAUCAAAUACCCUCCUUUCUGCUGCGCAACCCUCCUUUUGGCAAAUAAGGGUAUCCUUAAGUGACAAACUCCUUCGUACACACACAUGUGCAGACUGUAGUACAUAAGUACUUUGGCAUGUGCCAGUUGGGGCAUUUUUGUUGUCCUGUAGGCCUGACCCCCAAGUUUUCCGGGUCCUCACCCCCAGCUCUACCUCGCCCUGCCCUUGGUGCAAAAGGAAUGAGCAGCAGGAACUCGGUGUGGCUUCCAGAGAGAGGAUUAAUCGACACGACAUGCAGUGACCUUGUUUAGCAUGUCUUGAACCAGGUGACGGUCCUGUUGUUUGCAAACAGAAGGGUGAUUGUCGACUCUGGCGUUAAAUAAUUUUACAGAAGUUUUCCCUUGAUUUAGGUGGACAUGUGCAGGCAAGCAGUGCAUUUCAGAGCCUUCUCACGUGGCCUUACGUGGCCUUGUAUAACUUCUCCAUUGUGACCCACCCUUUCCGUUCUUUGGCCGACCACGGCCAUGCCCGCCUUUACAACUGCUUGACCCUUCCUCGUAUGUUAGAACUACUCGAAAACAAAUCACUCUGUUUGCCAACCCUGGUUUUUUAAAACCAGCCCCUUGAGAUCAGCAACAGAUGCCCUUCUCCGGAAACUUCCUGUUGUGAGCCACCCCGAGGCUUCGUUGCGAUGGGGGCGGGAACUUACUCACUCCGCUAAGAGGGGUGUAUGGAGAAGCUCUGCUCUUGCCACACCAGCGUUUCGAAGUGUGCCAGUGGGGAAGUUCGGAGGCAAACCUGCGCAAAGGUAAUAGCGGCAAGUGGCAGAGCUGUUCUGGCUGUUUUUACAUAAUGCACGCCUCAAAGCAUCGUUGUGGUGCCGCUGUCUUUCCUUUGGCUCAGUGCGCGUUGGCAAACAGUUAAAAAUUUUAAUGAAGUGGGAAAUUAUUGCCCGCUCUCAAGCUCCCAUACGAAAAGAUAAGUGACGAAAGGAAUCUGCUUUGCAUAACGAAAGGUGUGUUACCCCAACACCCAGCCAAGUUGUAAUAGGUCCUGUAAAUUGGUUGUGUCGGAAUGGGAAGGGCCCACAAUUUCCUCCAAAUUUGCCUAUGAUAGAACUGUAUAUUAAUAAGUCUAUUUAUUCCAUCAGUGAUGAAUAGGAUUUUGCCAGAGACGGCCCAUCCCAUUAAUUUCUCAUCUGAAAUAAAUGCUUUCAUUUGCUCUGAAGCCCGGAUCAUCCCAAGCUGAUGGGGAAAGUAUUUUUCUCUGCUUAAUUGCCAUAGAGGAAAACUGUCUGCGUGUUUGAUAAUUAAUCCUUCCCUGGUUGCCAGUCUCUGCCAAAAUUACCUUCUAUGGAGAGGGAAGGGGGGCUUCCACUGGACUUACAGGGUUCUGUGGGAAAGAUCCAGGGUCUUGGGAAAUAAUUUUGAGGCUGGGGGUCCCACUGGCUCACACCCAGCAGUGCCCCUUCAUCUGGUUGUUUCUCGUCUCUCAGAUGUUUUCCUGUUGAUGGUGAGAAAAUCGCAUUUUUCCUGGCUUUUCUGACAUCCUGAACUUCAGACCCUUUGCAUCUUUUUCAGAACGGAACCAGUGAUAACCGCAGUUGUAUUACUGCUUGUGAAUACUGAGCCCAGGGGAAGUCAGUGGAGGAGGGAGAAAGAUACACAGGGUCAGCAAAUACCUUUCCUUAGAAGAAUCGACUUCCCACGAACAGUUUAAGGCAUUUCUGCAAGAUGUUUUGCUGUUUGAAUAGAAGGCUACUGGUUUAUCACUCAUUAAUGGAUGAUUUUGUUUACAACAUGCCACCUCUUGCAAAACAGCUUUCGCGUUUCUCCUGUUGCUCCCUAUUUCCUCCUGACCACAACCCUGUGAGGUAGGCCAGGCAGGCAGGCAGUGAGCUUCCUGGCCCAGUGGGGACCAGAACCCAGAUCUCCCACUGCUUCCACCAGGAAGGCAUUCUCCCCUUGUGCAACCACCAUUUAAAGGUGAGUGUUCAAGGGGGCAUUGCUGGCUAGGUGGGAAAAAUCUCUCCCUGCCUCGUCAUCCAAUUUGGCGGGGCGAAGGGGUAAACAACACUGGUUGGUUUGGGAAGAUCUGGUGCAUGAUGCAACCAAAUACCAGAAUGUGUUUUCUUUGAGAUGAUUUGGACGAGAAACAUGCUGGCUGAAGUUGGUGCUGCUGAAAUUUAAGCAAACCGUGGCCAGCGUUCGGACACGCACAGCUACAUGCGAUCCCAGACGACACUGCGGCCCCCCGGCCUCUCUCAGACAGCACGAGGGGGUCCCUUCCUACCCAGCUCGUCUCUCCCAGUCGCUCUGCUCUCCCUCGGCCUGGCCUCUGAGCGGCACAGUCCAGCACCGUGUGGGAAAAGCACCCGGCUGUGGUACAGCCUUGGAAAGGAGCCCAUCUCCAGGAAACCAGAUGCUGGCAGGAAAAGUCCCCAGACAAAGCCCAGGGAAUCCCCCACUGCAUAUUCAUAGCAUCCCUGCCACUAAGAGAAGAACAGUGGAACCGGAGGAGGCACCUCCAUUCCCUUCUCCCCCGUGCUCUUGUUUGCAAUCCUUCCUCCUCCGUUCCCUUUCUCUCCUUUCCCCGGCACUGUCUGCAAUAGGCCGGCUUUUAGCGUGUGGGUAUGUCGGAACCCCAUCCCUUUUGCCUCAGCCAUGCCCAAAUCCAGGAUGCUGUCCCAAGAGCUUCCCUAAAAUGGGAAUUUGGUCCCCGAGCUGGAAGGAGUCCCCCGGCCUGAUUGGAUUCUCUCCCACCUCUCUCCGCAUGUCAUGAGCAGAGCUGGCCGGAGCCGGGGGUCAGACUGGAUGGCCCGAGAGACCCCUUCUGGCUCGCUCAGUUUCUAUGUUUCUCUCCCUCUAUGCAGCCCUUGGAGAAGCCCAAGGAGAGACCGGGAGCCACUUUGGACAGCCGGUCUCUCCACCAGGUAACCUCCAAAUGCAGUGGGUGAUGGGGCCUUGGUGGCUGGGGAUGUUGGGAGUUGCAGUUUGACAGAUCUGGUCAAGGAAGGCUGUCAUACAGUCUCUGGCAGCUGGCUGCUCAGAACUGGGAUCCUGAGUCAAUGGCUCUUAUCUUUGCAGCCAGAGGUUCUCAAUAUUUAAGGUUUCUGGCUUUCCCAGGUCACCUGCAGGCCACGGUGCCUCUUAAAGAGCUUGCCUGCACAACCAGCCCUGCAGAGCCUUCUGCUGGGGUCCCUUCCUUCCUGCUGGGGAAGGAAGGGAGCUGAGAAGGUUCUGCUCUUGGAAGGACCGACAGAAUCACAUGCAGAUCACUUCGGCUUUCUCACACACACACACACAAGCACAAUCGCACACACAUUCACCUCUCGAAUGCAUGCGUAUCUCAGAUUCUGAAGCAACUUUUCCAGGAGGUUUAAAUCUCAGGGUAACCUGGUUGCAUAAACAGGGGCUGUCUGCAUUGCAGAAAGCUGUAAUUGCAUAACAGUGUCAAAAACAGUGUUCAUUCAUAACAAGCUCUUUCAGGCCUGCCCCCCCUUUUUAAAAAAAUAUGAAGCACUAAAUGGGAGAAGAUGAAAAGCAAACAAGCAAACCGACCCGGCAUCUCCCUCUAGAUACAGUCCGGGGUGAGUUUUCCUUUCUGCAGCUUCAGUGCCCACCCUGAAAAAUACCCAACCUGCAGGAAAACUCAGCAUCUUUCAAACCUCUCAGAAUAAUCCAGACUGCAAAGAGUUACUAUCCUCCCACCAUCUCAGCUUUUCUUUCCUUAUAUGGAAGGAGAGAUUAUGCAAAAGCCAAACUCCCUAAUUCAGGUUACCUUUGUGAAGGGGAAAAAACCCACCCAAAAUAGGAGGCAGAGAACUGUCAUUUUUCAUUCCGUUGCUCUGGCAACCAUGAAGCCAAAAAAGGCACCUGCUCCCCCCACCCCAAAAUCUAUUUUUGGCUUUCACAUAGGAAAGUGUUAUUUAAGACCUGAUUUAUUAUUUAUUUUUUGAGGAAGUUAAAAAAAAACUCACCAAGUAUUGUUUGCUCUAUGGGAGAGAAGUCAGAAUUCCUGGAGAGAAAUCCUAUAUAAAGAUGUGCUUAACACAAGUUUUUCUUUACUAAAAAGAAGCAGCAGGGAAAAGAGAAAAAGAAAGAGAAUACAUCAGUCAAAAUAUGUCUGAAAAAGAAUAAAAAAUGGGGAAAGGAAAACUAGGAAUAAAGAAAACAGCUUGGAAUGUUCUUUUCUCGUUGCAAAUCAAUGUUUGUACUUUUAUGAGACCACAUGAGGAACAUUUAUUUUCUUAAAGUUACUAAAAUAAAACUACAUGCAAAGAAAUAAACACACACACAUAUAUCAAGAUGAAAGAGAGUCAGGCUAAGAUCACAAUACAAACACACCUUGUUUAAAAGAAAAAUGCAUUUCAGAGCUGCUUUUCAUAGUGCUUGGGUGUGGCAGUUUGAUUUUGGCAUCGCCUUAUCUCCCCGGUUUUCUCUUUUAAUGCAGCAGCGAUAGGUGCAUAUUAGUGUGGUGAGAGAGAGAGAGAAAGAGAGGGUAGAUAGGAAGGAAGGGAGACAGAAAAAGGAGAAAUAAAGCAAAAAUGAGAGGGUGAGGAGAGAGACAUGGACAGAAGACAUAGAGGAAGCAAGCCCUUUCUCCUGAGAAGGAAGGGAUGAGAGAAAAGGGGAACUCCAGCGCUAGACUGAACGUCUCAGCCUGGGGGAGAAGGAGGGCGGGAGGAGUGCAUUGCGCAUGAGACCAAGAUGCGAUUCCUGCACUCAAGUCCGUCUGCUCCAUCUCCUAAUUCGGUGCAGUUCUUCUCCGCCUGCCCCCUCCGCUCCCCCUCCCCUCCCCACCACGUCAUUCAGGAGCCAGUGACGUAGGGUUCCCCCAAGCCCCGGGAAAGGAGGGGGCAGCUCUGCAGCCCAUGUCCCUCCAUUGAUCUGAACAAAUGCUCCCGCCCCACUUUCCUGAACAUGGCAGUGCCCACUCUCCCAGGAGCCUAUAAAAGAUGGCAGGUGAGCCGUGGCUCUCAAACAGAUCCACGGACAGGCUUCAGAGAGCGGGCGAGGAGCUCCGGCUGCACGCGUCCUCUUGAGCCGAGAUGUACCGGUCCACGAAAGGAGCCUCCAAGGCACGGCGGGACCAGAUCAAUGCGGAGAUCCGGAACCUGAAGGACCUGUUGCCCAUCGCGGAAGGGGAUAAACUCCGGCUCUCGUACUUGCACAUCAUGUCUCUGGCUUGCAUCUACACCCGGAAAUCCAUCUUCUUCUCCAGAGGUGAAACUCCAGAAAGCUUGGAGAGCUUGCUUUCCUCCCCAGAUCUGGAAGAUUUCAUGCAGAUGCUUCCAGGCUUCCUUCUCGCGUUCACCGGAGAAGGCAAGCUCAUCUACGUGUCGGAGAAUGUUGCCGAACACCUGGGACACUCCAUGGUGGAUCUGGUUGCCCAAGGAGACAGCAUUUACGACAUCGUGGAUCCGACCGACCACUUCGUGGUGCGAAGCCAGCUCACGCUAGCUUCCCCGACAGAUACCGAGCGACUCUUCCGCUGCCAUUUCAACACGUCCAAGACCAUCCGGCGGCAAAGUGCAGGGAACAAGCUGGUCCUUAUCCGAGGGAAGUUCCAUCAGUCCCCGUCCGGCUCCUACUGGUCUUCCAACCCGGUCUUCACCGCUUUCUGCACCCCGCUCGACCCCAAGCCCAGGCUCGGUCCGAACUCUUUCUUCUUGUCCUCUUUCGAGAGUCACCACACAAAAGACCUGGCUGUCGUGGACAUCUCUGAAAGUGUGAUUUUCUACUUGGGCUUUGAGAAAACCGAACUCUUCUGCCGGUCGUGGUACAGCCUGAUCCACCCUGAAGACCUCGGCCAUGCCUCGGCUCAGCAUUACCGACUGUUGGGCGACGCGAGUGAGACCCGGGCCGAGAUGGUCGUCCGACUGCAAACCAAAGACGGCAUAAACUGGAUUUGGAUAUAUUCUGUGCUCCACCUGGAGAACGUGGAUGUUCCUAUCACUUGCCACAACUAUAUCAUCAGCGAUUCCGAAGCCUGGUGUCUGAAGCAGCAACUGUCGGCCGAAGAAGCCCAGGCGACUUACGCUCUCGGAAGUGCCCCCACGUUCCUGGAAGGCCUGCUUUCCCCGGGGCAGCUGUCCAGCCCUGACCAAGUCUUCACGCCAGCGGCCGGCCCCGCGGCCCUGCCAGCCUUCGAUUUCAGUGCUGUGGAGUGCCCCCCGGCCUUCGCGGAGACGUCUGCGGCCUGCCCGGCCCAGGAGGGGGCCGAGCCUGGCAACACCUCCUCUGCGGAGGAGGCCGCCCCGGGAGCCACGCUCGGCCUUCUCGGCAAAGCGCCGGCGUUCAGCUACGUGAUCUUCCCGGCGGGCUACGAGCAGACGCUGCGGAGAGAGCUCGGCAGCGCCGCCUCGUCUUCGAAAGACUUUGUCUGCACCCCUCCGUACACGCCCCAUCAGGGCUCCGCCUUCCUCUUUGGGGCCUCAGAGCCGUAUGCUCCAAGCAGCGCCGCCUCUGCCCCCACAGCCGCGCCACCCGUGGCAGCCACCCCUUCCGCCGCCCCGGCCACCAGCGUCCCCACGACCACCAGCACCACCUCCGAGCUGUUCUACACCCAAGAACAAUGCAGUGCUCUCUAUGAGAAGUUACCACCCACCCCCGACAGCCCCGGUAAUGGGGACUGUACGGUGAUGACCCUGCCGGAGAUCCGGGGGCCCCUCUAUAUCGACGUGCCCAUGGUGCCUGAGGGACUCCUGACUCCGGAAGCCUCGCCCAUCAAGCAGACCUUCUUCAGAUAUUCUGAAAAAGAGAAGACCGAGAUUGAACUGCUGGCACAGCAGCUCAGCAGCCUGGCCGAGACCUUCGGUGCCGUCGCUUCCGGGGAGCUCGUCCCGCACGGCCAGGCUGCCCUCCGCAGUUCUGCUCCAGGCAUCGUGCCUGGACUGUGCCUGGGCAUCCAGACCCCCGAGGACUGGAGGAGCCAUGACUUCUCCUUGCUGGCCUGCCCGGAAGACGAUCUCCUGGAAGGGGAUGCCCUUGAGACCCUUCUCCAAGACCUGUCCGCCUCUCUGUUCGAGAAAGGCGGCACAGGUGUGAGGUGCCCUCACCACCCGUUCUGCGGUGGGAAUGUCAGUAGUCCAAUCGGCUUGGACACCGAAGAUACGAGCCAAGAAGCCUUGGCUCCCUCACCCAGCAUGGACCUGCCUCCAGAAGAGCAAAGCUUUUUGGAAGAACUGGCCUCUUACGAAACAGCCUUUGAGACAUGUGCCUCAAACUCUCCCUGUGACGGGUUAGAUGAGUUGCAUCAACUCCAAAGACACAUGCAAGAAGGCUUCCACGAAGAUGGAAGCGAAAGUGACCCUUCGUUUUGAAAUAAGUCCGUGACUUACUUCUCCUAGUAUGGCAUAUUGUCAUAUCCCAAGGACCUUCUUCCACCGAAACCCCUGGAAAGCGCUCUCAUGUUGAAGCGAGAGGAAGUCGUGCCCAUCUUCCUGGGUUCGGGGUUUUCUUUGAAGAGAAAGAUGUUUUGUUCUUGCUUUUUUAAAAAAAACACAAAAUAGCGAAAGUAAAUAUUUAUAUAUAUAUAUAUAUCUUGAUUCUGAGACAUCGACGCUAGCUAAGGGAAGGACCGUUGUAAGUGGACUUACACAUGUUACCGUAUUCACUCGUAGUGAGUAAACUUGUACGUAAUUUACUAAGAAAUCCCAGGCGGGGUCUUUGCGCCAAGGUGCUCCCGACAGCCAUUCAACGCCGUGUUGGAGCGAAGCAACCGCGGAGCCGGUUGGCGCAAGAUCGGGGACUCCUCCUCUUCCGAUCUGUCCCCAGCGCCCCCCCAGAGAACGGAAAGUGUAGGUGGUUGGUAGCGCCUACUGCAGUACGGGCCCAUGGCUGGUGACGCGAUUCCGUCUUCUCUUCUUCCUCCACUGCCCUCCUCCUGACAAGAGCACGUCUCUGUUUGCCAAGAAUUCUUCGGCUCGACUUCUCAGUUUGCUCCUUUUGGAAGCACCCUGAUCGCUCGAUUGGGGCUAUUACGACGAGCGUUUUCCUGCAAUUCUACACCCUGUUUGCCGGGAAGAAGCCCCACUCAUGGGAGUUAACUUCUGAGCAGAAAAGCACAGGAUGGUGAAAUUCCAUUUCUCAGCCGAUAACCGCCCAUGUUGGACAUUCAUGUGCUCCCACUUCAGUGCCUGGGGAAAGGGCCAGACCUGACAGAGAGACUCACCUGCAUUUAACCGUUGCACAUCCAAAAGAAACGGAUCAAGGGAUGAUUUGAAAAUGACGCCUGGAGCAGCCCAGGGUCGAUUGUACUUCGAGGAAGCAUCUGGGUGCUGAAUUCUCCCUGAAUCACCCUGACCCAGCCUUCCUUCCCCAACUCCUUUAAAUCCAUCGACUAGCAAUUUCCACUCACGAUCUCUGUCCGUUCUAGCCUCCCCCAGGUCUCUCUCUCUCCCCCUUUGGCUUCCAGCACAAAUUCUUUUCGAAAUCAAGAAUACCGCUUUGCUCAUAGAAUAGUCUCAUCCAUUCUGGUCGAACCAAAGUGCUUCCUGUAUGCAGCAGGAACUGCUAUAGCUAGGAUAGCAAUGUCAGCUACUCGGAAUUAUUAAAAUUGUGCUUAAUAAUUACUGUCCAUCCUUAUGGGAACCCCAAACUUCCCCCUCACCUCAGUGGGGAAGAGCUGUAGCUCAGCGACUGAGCACUUGUAUUGCAUCCAGAUCCCUGGCAGGACCCCAGCAAUGCUGGGAGAGACCCCCCUGGCCUGAAAGUCCUGGUGAUUGACUGCCAAUCAGUUUAGACAAGACUGAGCUACCACGGACCAAACAUCAACCUGGCAGAAGGCUGUUCUCCUCUUCCAACGGCAGCUGUGCGGUGGUGGAGGUACACUAGUCCAGAUGAACGGAACACACAUGUUUAUAGAGAUAAAUAUCAAUGGUGUGCGUUGUUUCUAAUCCGCUAUUUUGUAAGAGCUUGUGAAAUUCUCCAGGAGCCUGUCCUGGCUUUUGUUCUGGACAAGUUCGGGCCAUGGAGAUCUGUGCUUUUUCCUCUUGUUCUUUCUUUGUCGUUUUGAAAUAUUUGGUACCGUCUCACCCAUGGAGGUGGCACAGUCCCUCGGUGUAGAAUUCUCUACGAUCAAGUAUCAGGAUUGAAUCCUUUGUACUUUUUUUACAAAUUCACACAUUGUCCGAGUGUGGGAUGCUGUGAUAUAGAUCUAUAUUAUCCAGUAAUGUACGUUGGUGCAUAGAGACAGAGAACGCUGAAAAGUUUGCUUUCUCAUUAAAAAAAGAACACACACACACAAAUGUAACUAUACUUGCCUUUUGGUGGAACUCUGUAGUAUUUGUGUUGUGCAAAUAUUUUAGCCCUAUGUUGGGUCUUGAUAUGAGUACUUUGGAAUAAAAGUCAAAAAUGAAACCAUUAAUUUAGUGUGAAGCGUUUUUAAUCAAAGCGACGGCAGUGAUGGCGUUCUCUAGUUUCUGUCAGGCCAGUGAAACAAACAGAAUUUUUAAAC